UCUCUUCUAUCAAAGAACCAUUCUCAAAUCUCACAUACAUCGCCCCUUCUCUGUAUAAUUCCAACCCUUUGUCUUAUUUCUUUUAUAACGCACAAAAGCUCUUAUAACUUCUGUUAAAGAACCUCUCUCAAAUAUCUCACAUACAUCCCCCUAGCUCUCCCCUGCAUAUAUUAAUUAGUAGUAUAAUGGAUUCAAAAUCCAAAAGCCAUGAAACAGCCAUUAACAUAUCUGAAACAGAGUCCAACAAAGGAAAAUCAACUGCUGCAGCCACCAUUGUAGCAACAACAAAAGCUAUUCCUCAUAAUCAGAAGGGAGGAUGGCGACGAGGGGUUGCGAUAUUCGACUUUAUUCUGCGACUUUGUGGCCUUGUGGCUGCUCUGGCUGCUGCAACUACCAUGGGAACUACUGAUGAAACUCUUCCUCUUUUUACUCAGUUCUUUCAGUUCGAAGCUAGCUAUGAUGAUCUCCCUGCUUUCUCGUAUUUUGUGGUGGCAAAUGCAAUUGCAAGUGGAUACCUUGUCCUCUCCCUACCUUUCUCCAUUGUUUGCAUUGUUCGACCACAUCUUGUUGGCGCUAGACUUGUUCUGUUAAUUCUUGACACUGUAAUGGUGGCAUUUACCACGGCUGGAGCAGCUGCGGCAGCUGCCAUAGUGUACUUAGCACACAACGGCAAUUCCACCACGCAAUGGCAGGCGAUAUGCCAGCAGUUCGGCGAUUUCUGCCAGCAAGUGAGCGGCGCGGUGGUGGCUUCCUUCAUUGCAGCAGUCAUCUUCAUCUUCCUUGUCAUUUUCUCUGCCCUGUCUCUCCGAAGGCACUAAAAACAAAUGGACAUUUGGAGUCGCCACUGUUGUUUAUUGAAUGUAUUAUUAUCUUUUCUUAUGUUAUGUUGUGCUGCUCACUUUCCCAAAUAUUUGGAUUUGGUUUGUCUUUCAUUUUGAUUUGUUGUAAUGAUGAAGUUGCAUGCAUACAUCUGUUUUUGACUCUUUGGACGUCAAUUUGCUUA